AUGCUGAAGCUGCCGUGCUACUGCCGUGCACCGGGCUGCGCCCACAACAUCGACCGCCCGAGAGCCAGGCAGCUCAAGGACUUGAAAACGCUCCAAACGCACUACAAGAGGAAGCAUUGGAUCAAGUCCUUCGUGUGCCGGAAAUGCGGCAAAGUGUUUGCGGUGCGAGGAGACUGGAGAACCCACGAGAAGAACUGCGGGGAGGUUUGGUGUUGCGUUUGCGGCUCCGAUUUCAAGCACAAACGGUCCCUGAAAGAUCAUAUCAAGGCCUUUGGUCCGGCCGGUCAUGGCAUGAUCGAUAUCAUUCUGGACAACGACGACGAACCGAGAUCAGAAUUUGAGUCAAGGAAAGUAAAAGCUAGAACAGUAGGUGAGAAAGACGCAGUUGAUAGACUUAGUAAUCUGCCAGAACAUCUUCUUUUGAAGAUCAUGUCAUCACUUCCGAUAAAAGAAGCAGUUCGAACAUGCCUCCUAUCGAAAGGAUGGAGGGAUGUUUUUACGUCGAUAUCUGAUAUCGACCUUGAUGGUUGUCUAAAGAAUCAGUCUUUGCGUAAUAGUUUCAUGAACUUCGUCGAAAGAUUUCUACUCUUGCGCAAGGAUAUCAGUGUCAACAGAUUUCGUCUCCGCUGCGGAUUCGGAAUGGAUCCUUGCAGGAUUAGUGGAUGGAUACAUUAUGCACUACGUAACGGCGUAACAGAUAUUGAUUUAGACAUUAGAACAAAAGCAUUUUCUCCGUUUCAAUUUGGUGUCUUCGCUUGUAAAACGCUAGAGACAUUGAAAUUAUCCUUCAAUCGAAGUUUUACCCUACAUGUUCCCAAAAGCUGUUGUCUGCGGAAUCUCAAAGUUCUCAAUCUCAGUGAUCUCAUAUUCUCCGAUGGCGAAUCCUUUCAAAGACUAGUUUCGAGCUGCGUCAAUUCACUUGAAGAAUUAAGUGUUCAAUAUUGUAAUCUGCAGAACGUAAACAAACUCAGUGUUUGCAGUACUAAACUCAAGAGGUUAACCAUAACGAGUUAUCUAGGCCCUUGUAAAGAACUAGAGAUCAACACCCCAAAUCUGGUCUACUUGUAUUACGACUACAAUACAUCAACAACAACAAAGUAUUCGUUCAAGAACCUAAACUCUCUUUCAGAAGCACGUAUUGGUAUAGGACCAAUCAUUUCCGCCGACACGGUCCGGAAACACACUGCUUCUGCAAUAGAUUUGAUGACAGCAAUCAGUCGCGUUCGGUCGCUUCAUUUAACCGGUUGUUACACGGUAGACAUGCUGCCUGCACUACUGAGCGUCCGCGAUUUAAUCCCGAAAUUUCCCAACCUGAGUUAUUUGCGGCUGGACGGAUGCUAUAUCGGAUGGGGAACGUUGUUCGCUGCCAGUCCAUCUCUUCGAACCAUUGCUAUUGACUUAAACAUAUUUUCUUCCGCAGAUGGAAUUAAGGAAGUUCCGUCUUGUUUACUGUAUGAUAUCAAGGAGAUCAAGAUUUUAGUAAGAAGAAGACCGGAUAUUAAGUUCGUUGAGUAUGUCUUGAUGGAGGCGUGUGCUUUAGAGAGUUUGACAGUACAGGUAAACGCGACGAAGAGGGAUCAGAAAUUUAUCGUCAGAAAAAUACGUGCACUGCCGAAAGUUUCAAACAAAUGCCAAAUCCUUGUGAAAUGUUAA